CAGGUUGGCGGACACACUCGCUGCCCACCUUGUUCCACCAGCGGAGACCACCUCAUUUCAGGCUCCAUUUUAAACGAAAGGAAGAAGGGGGGGACAACCUGCAUGCCGCAUUCGAGCGUGAAAAUGGACCGCAUUGGAGCGAUGGGCGCCGCUAUCGCUACAUCAUAAAGGCGGAACCCCUCCGAGGUCCACAAUCACUGCAGGCCGCCUGUCGGUCUUUUUGAGACGAGAAAAAAAAGGAAGGCGUCCGCGGCGGGGGCCAAGAUUCGAGAGGCGGAGGUGCCGUCCGUUAGUUCGGCGUUUACCCGGGCGUUAGCCUGCUAGCAUCGGCUCCAGAUUUGUGGAUGUACGCGAUAGCGCCGCAAUCUUCCCGGAGAUCGAAUUGACAUUUUGCACGAGAAACAAGCGACUUGCGCAUCUGGCAGUGGAGGCUCCCACCCUUCGACUCGUCCUCUCCCGACUCCCUACCGGAGAAGACCGGGGACAACUUGGCAGCGACGCCCCGAGCUGCUCUUCCCCUCCCCCUCCUCCUCCUUCCCUGGCCCGGUCCGGUCCCGACAAGACCACCACCAAGCGACCCUCCCCCUCGCCCCACGUCCACGCGAGGACCGCAGCUAAUUUUUUUUCCUCCUCGCUGAGGGGUGGCGGUGGUGCCGGUGGUGGGAAGAAAACGCCGUGUUUUUCGGGUCCGAGCGGGGCUGGCUCAACACAGCGGAGGGGAUGACUCUGGAGUCCAUGAUGGCUUGUUGCCUGAGCGAGGAGGCGAAGGAGUCGAAGCGAAUCAAUGCCGAAAUUGACAAGCAACUUCGCCGAGACAAGCGAGAUUCCAGGCGGGAGCUGAAAUUACUUCUUCUCGGCACAGGAGAAAGCGGCAAGAGCACCUUCAUCAAGCAGAUGAGGAUCAUCCACGGCGCCGGCUACUCGGACGAAGACAAGCGAGGCUUCAUCCGUCUGGUUUACCAAAACAUCUUCACCUCCAUGCAGGCCAUGAUCCGGGCCACGGAGAACCUGAAGAUCCCUUACAAAUACGAACAGAAUCGGUCCAACGCCAUGCUGGUGAAAGAAGUGGACAUUGAAAAGAUCAACGGCUUCGAUCAGCACUACGUCGUGGCCAUCAAGUGCUUGUGGUCCGACCCGGGGAUCCAGGAGGCCUACGAUCGGCGCCGAGAGUACCAGCUCUCCGAUUCUACCAAAUACUACCUUAGCGAUUUAGAUCGCGUGACUGCCGGCGGCUACGUCCCCACCCAGCAGGACGUGCUCAGGGUCCGUGUUCCCACCACGGGCAUUAUUGAGUACCCCUUUGAUCUGGAGAAUGUCAUCUUCAGCUAUCUUUCCGAUCUGGAUCGUAUUGCAGAUCCCAGCUAUCUUCCCACUCAGCAGGAUGUGCUCAGGGUGCGCAUUCCCACCACGGGCAUCAUUGAGUACCCCUUCGACUUGCAGAGCAUCAUUUUCAGGAUGGUGGACGUGGGCGGUCAGCGCUCAGAGAGGAGGAAGUGGAUCCACUGCUUUGAGAACGUCACUUCCAUCAUGUUCCUGGUGGCGCUCAGCGAGUACGACCAAGUCCUGGUGGAGUCCGACAACGAGAACCGUAUGGAGGAGAGUAAAGCUCUGUUCAGGACUAUCAUUACCUACCCCUGGUUUCAAAACUCCUCCGUCAUCCUCUUCCUCAACAAGAAGGACCUGUUAGAGGAGAAGAUCUCCUACUCUCACUUGGUGGACUACUUCCCCGAGUUUGAUGGUCCGCAGAGGGAUGCGCAGGCGGCACGGGAGUUCAUCCUCAAGAUGUUUGUGGACUUAAACCCCGACAGCGACAAGAUCAUCUAUUCCCACUUCACGUGCGCCACGGACACUGAGAACAUCCGCUUUGUGUUUGCCGCCGUCAAGGACACCAUCCUACAGCUCAACCUCAAAGAGUACAACCUGGUGUGAGCCCACCACAAGCCCCGCCCCCUUUCUCUCUCCUUUUGCACAACCUCCUUUUUCGACUUUUAACGCAACACACACAAACUCGCACACACUCCCUUUUUUUUUUUUUUUUACCCAGCGCAUUCAGAACCCCCCCCCCCCCCCCCCCCCAGCCAAAACAAACCAACAACAACAAAAAGGAAACACCGCCUGCCCCUCUCUUGCGUAUUUUUGUGUGUUAGAGAAAGCGCUGCCUUGAUGGGCCUGGGACACUCGACAUUGACCGGAAGGAACGCCGGGGGACGAACGCUAAAAAAACGGGGCUUGGUCUCCGCCUCCAUAUCGAUGAAUGUACCCACCAGUGUGCGAGAAGUGCAAUUGUGGGGAGAAAAAAAAAUGAAAACCUCUUAACAGUGUAAAUAUAUAGAAUAUUAGAUAUCAGGGGUGUCAAACUUAUUUGGAACGUAAAACAAAAUAAUACCGAUGGUUGUCCAUUUAUGAAUGUAAUUCGAUACGGAGCUAGAGGGGGGGUCAGCGGGGGCACUGCUCCCACCCGGAUAAUUGACUUUUGGAUUUUUUCAAAUUAAUUUCGAAAAAUCCAACAUUUAUUUUCACCUCAUUUUCUACACGAGCAUAAAAAAUUUCCCCAAUGCCCACCUCUACAACAUGGUCAUACUUUUUGGAAUUUCAAAUCCAUCUGCUUCUGAUGUUUGACACCCCCGGUUUACGUCAAGGUGUUAAAGACAAAGCACGAGAGGGGCAAGAUCCAAAUCCACUUGAUUGCUGCUGACCUUUUUAAAGAUAAUAAUAAUAAUUUGUCGCUACAGCGAUUUUAGCAAAUUGUAACUUUAAAGAAAUAUUUGUUUGAAAAAUUUCCAUAAUAACUUAAAUUAAGAGAAGUAUUUUGGGAGGUUUUUUUUGGGUGCAAUUUCAUUUUAAGUUGAAUGCACAGCUUCAACCCCCUCUAGGAUUCGCAGGGACAAUCACAAACCUGCCCCCCCCCACCUAGGAAAGUCCAUUACCCCCCCCCCAAUCUUCUCACUCCACGCCAUCCAAUCAGACGCUUCCUAACGCUGUCGCUCACUCGUUAUUAUAUAUCAGGAUGUGCUUCUGUUUACUUUUUUUUUUUUUUUUUACUGUAUAGUCACUUUGUUUUUAAAAGAAAACAAAAAAAAAAACUAUGGUUUGCCGUUGUCGAGUGAGGUGGGCAAAAGACGAAACCUUCCUCGACAUCUGCAAAUAAGUGUGAUGUAUGUGUAUAUUUGUUUGUAAAUACAUAUACACAACAACCGUGUACAAAAAUGCUCUGUGGUACACCGUCUUUGGCAUAAACAUGACGACAAAAAAAAAAAAAGUUAGCUUCAAAGAUUUUUUUCUCUCUCUAUCAAUAGUAUUGAUACUGUGAUUAUGGCUUUUUGCUGAUGACGGAAGCAGACGUCACAGAGCCAUGUGGUCAAUUAGCAGUAUAUAUAUAUAAUAUGGUGAUGAUUUUAAGUCAUUUUUUUUUAUUUAUCUAAUUUAUGGACCAGGUUUGAAGGUGUUGAUAAUUUCAACUGUGUUUAAUUAAUAAGGCUUUCUCUUUGUUUUUGCUCACGAUGGAGCCUCACUUGAGUCUGAACUGCUGUUUGAAAAAAACAAAAUCAAAAGGAGGGGGGGAAAAAAAAAGCAAGGAAUGUCUGCUAUUGUAAGGACUGUAUUCAGUGUCUGCUUUUUUUUUUCGGGGCCGAUUUCCAUUUGUUGACAUUAACUAUUUUUUAUUUUAAAAAGGUGUUUCCUCUGGUUUAUAUAUUUAGAGACAGCUCUGUAAUGCUUACCUGCCUAAAAAAAAAUGUAUAUUUUAAACAGUGAUUUGGAUCGGUUGGCGCUGUAGUUUUUUUUUUCCGGCAUUUUUACAGGCUUGCUUAUUACAAACGUCAUUGUCAUGAAGGGCUACCACAGUACAUGCAGAAACAGAGAUGCUGACUAUGAGUAGAGGCCGAGUGUUAAUGCAAACCAAAAGGAUGUUUAGCCCCGCCCCUUUUCCAGUCACAGCCGCAAUCAUGCAGUAUAUUUAUGUAUUACAAAAACAAACCUUACAGCCACAAUAAGUAUUUCCAUGUUUGCCAAUUGCCAAGAAACUGUUGGCCAGAACACAGAAGUGAAAACUAUUUUUGUGAGGUUAACGUUGUAGGAAAAUGAUCUAGAUAUUCAAUUCAUUUUUUCUCACAAAACUGUUUUGAUGAUAAUGAUUACCUAAUGGAAUUAAUUUAAUUUAUUGCCCCGUUUUAAUCAUAACCAUCCAAUUGGAGCAUUACAUGUGGCCCGUCAUGAAUUUUUUUUUUUAAAUACACGAAUGUUAAUCAUCUUAAAUGGGUUCCUUGCCCUUAAAGCUGUCAGAAAUUGGUGCAACUUUUAACAAUUAUAUCGAAAAAUAAAAAGCCAUUCAUAAUAGGAACCACUACUCAUUGCUGUUUAAUGUUGUAUUUAAACAAGAUGGAACCCAAAGGCUGCUGCACAAGCUAAAAACCGAUCAAAAAUGUCUUAUGUAAUGAUGGCAAAAAAAAGGAAACAGUUAUUUUAAAAGAUAAAUAUAUAACAAAAAUAUUUCCAAAUAUCAACAUCCCCUGAGCUAGACGCUAUAGAAAAGUGUACAAAUAUCCGCCUCAUUUUUUUGCACAUAAUGGAGGGUACGUUAAAUUAAAAAGUCAUUAGAAAUACAUUUUUACUUUUUUUUUUUUUUAGUACGAAAUAACACGUCUUCUGCUUGUGCCAAGGUGCCAAGGACCUCCUUUAACUGUUAAUUGCGUGUGGAGUGAAAAAUGUUGACUGACAACCAUUGUAUUUUUUUUUUUUUUUGCUAGUUUGUGUUGCACAGUGGUGUACUAUUUGGCACAUUUUCAAUUUAUACUGAGGGGCAGUGUUUGCAUGACACUUGUGUUUAUUUUUCUCACUAAAACGACAACUUUUCUCGUAUUUGUUGCCUUGAUGCUCUUGUUACUCUGUAUUUUAAAAAAAUGACCAGAACACUAUUCUUUUUAUGAUUUUAGGACCACUUCCCAUCCUUGCUUCUUCCUAACAGCUCAGCUGUAGAAUGGUGUUUUUUUUUUUCAUUGUAAAUCUAAUGUGUGUAAAAAAAAAAAAUUGAUUUGUGAUAUGAGCGUGCCAGGCUCUCAAAGUGCCAACACACCACUGCCAACCUGAGAUGCCCCCUACCCGCGUGCCCUCCACCAGUUUCUUUUUAAACGAUACAACACCAGAGACUCAAAAGGAUAGAUGAUUAAGUGGGUGAAGAUUAUAUUCUAAGAGACAUUUUUAAGUAAUAAUCUGCUGUUUUUCUUUUUUUAAAAUAAGAAACUGUAAUUAUAAUUACUGCAUGUGCUGUUUUUUUGCAAGCGAGGGGCUUUGGAUGUAUUGACUGAAGCCUUUUGGCUCCGGUUGGCCGUUUAUCGAUUUACAUAACUCUUUGCCAUAAUUUUUAAUGUCUUUUCAUGCGUUUGUUUUGUUGUUUUUCUCGACCACUGUUGCCUGAUCCUCAUUCAAACAUGAUGUAUGGUCAUUAUCGCCGCCUUCUAAACAAACAUAAUGACAAGGUUAUCUGUUUUAAACAUUGAAAUAAAUUUGUUCCUAUACUUGCUGA